AUGUGCGCACACUUCCACCCGAAGGAGGAUCUCGUAGUUUCCGCCUCCUUGGAUCAGACCGUGAGGGUCUGGGACACUUCAGGGCUGCGAGAUAAAACCGUGGCCAUCGGUUCGUCCAUGGGUGGCAUGGGAGCUCCUGGGAAAGGUGCGAACGACGUCUUCGGCACGUCAGACGCAGUAGUCAAGUAUGUUCUCGAGGGCCACGACCGGGGUGUGAACUGGGCAUCCUUCCAUCCUACGCUUCCCCUCAUCGUCUCGGGUGCAGACGAUAGGCUGAUCAAGCUGUGGAGGAUGAACGACACGAAAGCUUGGGAGGUGGACACGCUGCGAGGGCACUUCAACAAUGUCUCGUGCGUGAUGUUCCAUCCCAAAAAGGAGCUGAUCUUGUCCAACUCCGAGGACAGGACGAUUCGAGUCUGGGACGUGACGAAGCGGACCGGCAUCCACACCUUCAGACGCGAGAACGAUCGCUUCUGGAUCAUCACUGCUCAUAGGUCUUCGAAUUUGAUUGCCGUGGGGCAUGAUGCAGGGAUGGUCGUCUUCAAGCUGGACUGCGAGCGACCCCUGGCGCAGUGCCACGGGCACAGCCUCUUCGUCGUGCAGGACCGAGAGGUUCAGGUGGUAGACUUGGACAAGGGCCUCAAAGGUGUGCAGCUUGGGUCCUGUCGAAGAGCUGCCAACGCGAUGACCUCUGGCUUGAAGUCACUGCAGUUCAAUACCUACAACCCGACUGAGACCAACAUCUUAGUCUUUUACACGCAGGAUGGUGGUUGCUAUGACCUUUUCGUGGGAGCUAGCAACAUCACCGCCGACACGAACAUCUCCCCGAAGCAGGGCAAUGCACAGGGCCUCGUCGGUGGAAGCAUCAUUUUGGCAUCGGAGCAAAUCCAUGCUUUCUGGAAGAAGCACCGGAACAUUGUGCUCUGUGGCCCCAAUGCAGCCGGCAAGACCACUCUGCUCUACAAGCUGAAGCUGCCAAACGAAGAAAUCACUCCGAUGCCUACCAUUGGCUUCAAUGUCGAGUCUGUCGAGUACAAUCUCCAGAUCUUUGACAUUUGGGACCUUGGUCUUCGAAGCAAGGCGCGGCCUCUCGUGAGGCACUAUAUCCCGAAUUGCCAUGCCGUGGCUUUCACGAUUGAUGCGCACGACGACGCCUGGUGGGAUGCUGAGGACUUCUUCGGGCUUGUCCUGCAGAACCUGGAGGAUCACAACCCCCGUGCGCCGCUGCUCAUUUGGCUGAACAAGAUGGAUCUACCUUUGAAGGUCCAGCCCCAUGAGGUUUGCGAAAGGCUGAAGCUGGAGCAGCAUGCAAGAUGCCGUCCUAUUCAUGUCCAGCCGUGCAUCGUGCUGAACAAUGAAGGCAUCAAGGAGGGUCUCGACUUCCUCGGCGCUGCCAUUGCCGGCGAGAUCCCAGUUGGGCUUACUCUGGCUUCGACUCCAGAGACAUCCAAGCCGGAAUCGACUACGCCAGCAAUUGCUCCGCCUGCAGAGCCCAGCCCAGCAGGAGGUGAAGUCCCCAAGAGCGACGAGGUCUUCUUGGAGGCUUUCGAAGCUGGAGAACUGCCAAGCUUCGGUCCAAAGGAGAUGAUGCGCUUGGCCUUCCUGCAGCGCCGUCGCGGUGGCACUGCGCAGAUGACCCUCCAGGCGGCCAAGCUGGCAGGCUAUGUCAAGCACGUUACGCGGAUGCAUUUCUGGGCCUCUCGAGUGUUCGAGACACCCCUGGAAUCUGCCGAGACGUCUCUCGGUUUUCUGGCAAAGCAUCCAGACCUCUUCCCUGAAGACGCAGAUGCCCAGGAAGCAUUGGUCGCUGCGGCAUACAGCGCGCGUGUCGACACAGACCCCACCUGGGCCCUCGUGGCACAACCACCGGACCGGCUCCGCAGCGACGGCCGGGAGGCAGAUGCGGCCUUCCUUGCCCGAGUCGAAGACCUCACGAUCGAAGCAGAUGAGCUCAGCUCGUUUCGAUCGUUGGUCCGGUUGGCAUUUACCUUGCUCUGCCAGCAGGAUCGCAAGUCGGCCAUCAAGCGGCUCGACACGGCUCUGCAGAAGCUGGCAGAGGGUUGGACAACACCCGCCGGGGAAUCUGCUCUGGGCCCUUUCCAUGAGACACGUCAGUAUGUUGCACUGCAGCUGGCCCACCUGGCUUUGACGCAGUGUCCAGAGUUGAAGAACGGCAGUUUCUCCAAGUUGGAAGAACGUUGCCCCGAUCUUUGUGAUGAGGAUUGCAUCUUCAAGUACUACUCUGAAGAGGUUCUGCAAAACGGUCAAAAGGCUUUCGUCCCCCCAGACCGAGAGCCUUUGCCCUCCGUGGUGAAGGUCCCCGACCAGACCUGGCACAAGGACUUGGACGACGACUCCUUCAUGAACGCUGUCCGAAGCCACUCCCUGGGUUCCUGGGGUCUCCAGAGCUUGGCACGCCUGGCGUACCUUCUUCUCAGGGCAGGGCGUCGCGAAGGGCUCCGGCAGCUGUUGCAGGAAGUGGAAAAGUUGCAAGCCAGUCCGGAGGUGAAGGCUGGGCUGUUCGCACACGAGACCUUCGCAUACUUCACUCUUCACAUGGUUCACUUCUACAGCGUCUCGAAGAAGCUUCCCAUUUCGGAGCCCUUUGCAGAUUUCGUGCAGAAGUGCGACCAGAUUCUUGACACAUCACUGUAUCGCUCGUACUAUUCGGAUGUGCUCAUACACGGCAAAGAAGCGCGAACUGGGCUCGUUUUUCCAGACUUGCUCCCACUACCUGAUCUUGCCGUGUGCUUCACCGCGCGGAAUCGCUUCGCGGUCCUCCAGCAGGGUGGCUCAGUGGGAAUUUACAACCUCCAGAACGAGCUGUCCAAGAAGUUUGAUCCGCCAGUUUCGGCAGACUUCAUCUUUCCAGGUGGAAACAACCGCAUCCUGCUCAAGAGUGAAGAGAAGAUUGUGAUGUACGACCUGACCGCCCGCAAGACCGUCGAUGAGGUCAGCGUGGCAGGAGGCGUGCGUUACGUAGUUUGGUCGCCGAAUGGAGUCUACGUGGCGUUUAUGUCCAAGCACAACGUCUUGCUGGCGGGUAAGAACCUGGAGUAUUACCACUCGUUUCAUGAGAACAUCCGCGUGAAGAGUGGAGCCUGGGACGAGAAUGGGGUGUUCGUGUACUCCACCCUGAGCCACGUGAAGUACUGCCUCCCCAACGGUGACAGUGGGAUCAUCCAUUCCUUGGCGAACCCUAUCUACAUCACACGAGUACACAAGCAGAUGAUGUACUACAUUGACAGGGAGCAGAAGGUCGGCAAGCAGCGUCUGAACUGCUCCGAGUACCUCUUCAAGCUCGCGCUUCACAAGCGCAACUUCAAUGACGUGAAGCUGUGGAUUAGUAAUGGCCGGCUUUGUGGCAACGCGGUGAUUGGAUAUCUGAAGUCCAAGGGCUUUCCAGAGGUGGCACUCCACUUUGUGGAAGACCAGCAGACCCGCUUCAACCUGGCUCUCGAGUAUGGUCACAUCGAGGAGGCCAUGACAGCGGCCCAAGAACUGGACGAGCGAAGCUGCUGGAAUCGCCUUGGCCUGGAAGCGCUCCGGCAGGGCAACCAGCAGAUCGUCGAGAUGGUGUACCAGAAGACCAAGAAUUUUGAUGCGUUGUCCUUCUUGUACCUCAUCACCGGCAACAUUGCGAAGCUACGGAAGAUGCUCAAGAUUGCAGAGAUGCGCGGUGAUGUUAUGUCUCGCUUUCACAAUGCCCUAAUGCUGGGACAAGUGGAAGAGCGAGUCAAGAUUAUGGCCGAAAUGGGACAGGCUUGCUGCAAAUUGGACGGCUCUGCUGGUCCUACCCUUCGCAAGAGCCGGAUGCUAAGCGACUUCAAGUCAGAGGUGGCGGAUGCGAAGGACGUUGAAAGGCUUCUCGACGUCGCCUCAGAACGGCUGAGCUCACUUCUAGCAUGUCCCAAGGGCAUGCACCGUGGCCUUUGGCAGACCAUCGGGGCUUUGGCUUUCGAGGCUGUGCUUAGAGCGGUCGACGUCGGCGUGGUUCUGGAAGUUUUGUGGCAGGGCACCUUCGUCUGUACGGUCUUGUGGCUGGCGGAAGAUGACAGCAGCUUUCUCUCCGUCGGUCAGAUCUAUCCGGCCUGGCGGUCACUUCGCAGCCGAUGCCUCUCCUUCCUUCGACGCCUUCUGGGGGACAUGGCCCUGGCGUUGCUUCCUCUGGAGCGCUCGGGCGCAUCCCUGAGCUCGCGCCUUCAGUUGAGAGCCAUUGUGGAACAAUUGGGCCUCUUCGCGAUACUCACGUCGCACCGGAGCUUCAGUUUUGCGAGGGUGGAUUGGGCUGCUGGCGUUUUGCUAAGCUCCACAUUGGGCAUUGAGUUGCUGCAGCGGGCGCCCCGCGCAGCUCUGGAGGCCCGCCGAGCCGGAGUGUCCUGGCUCCCGUGGCAUCUCUGGGAUGCGAGCUGCAUAGGCUUCGGGCUCUGGGGAGCCGGCCGGCAGAUCUUCCUGGCCUUGAGCUCCAAGCAGAAGAAAGACCUGAAGAGCCUACAGCAGGCGCAGAGGCUCACAGCGUUGGAGCAUUUUCAGCUGGCCAUUUGGGAUGACUGCAAGGCAGACUCCCUGGGGGCGGGCGUUGUUGGAGUCGUCUACGAAGGAGUAGGCGUCGAUGCAAGAGGUUCCAACUUGCAACAGAGGCAGAUCGAGGCACCCGAGCGAUGGCCCGCGUUCGAUGGCACCUGGAGGACGAAGGAUUACUGGGGAACCGGGCGACCUGAGUCCUUCAGCCUUGUCCUAGUCAGGCUGGGGGCUUACCAUGACCAGCUGGCGACUCUCCAUGACCAGCUGGCGCAGCAGCUGAACCAGAAGCACGGCGAGAUCGUCCACCUACAGCAGCUGUGCUGGACUUUGGGGCCAAGUGAUGCCAAGGAUCCCGUAGCAGCGGAGGGCGCGCCUCCAUCUACUGCUGCGGUCUUGCGGCGGCUGAUCAGUGUGCCUGAAGUGCCGCCCGAGCAGUGCGAUGACGAAUGGAGUUUGAUAUCGGAGGAAGCUUCCGACGAAGAGCACCAGCUUGGUGACGAUGGGACAGUUCGUGGCGAGGUGAACCUCACGGCUUCAGACGAUCAAGAGACCCCAAGAGGGCCCUCGCGUCCGCUUGAGCUGCCAAGACACGUCGAGGGGAAGCAUCUCAUCCGUGACGAUGAGUCUGAGUCCACAGGAUUUCGAAGUUCGUCGCAGGCAUGCGGUGACGAAGAUGAUCGGGUUGAUGUAGCUUGCCAGACGGACUUUGACGACUGCAACGCUUGUGGGUCGUUUCCGGAGACCUCACCGACGAGAUGUCCAGACUGCCCGAUGGCUAGAGGUGACGACUUUGCUCCUUACAGCCUCCUACUGCCUGGCAUGCUGUUGUACCUCAGCGUGGAGGAUAUGCUGAAUUGGCGUCAGCUUUCCCAGCAGACCAGAAGUCCCGAGGCCUUGAUAGAGCACGUGGCCCGUUGUGGCAGCAUGGACAGGUGGGAGUUAGCAAGGAAUUUGGCAGCGCAGAUCAACGAAGCACACCAAACAGGGGCUCCCUACCAGUUCGGCGACGACAUGGAGAAGAAGCUCCACAUGUGCCAGAAGUGGUGCAUCGCCCUCGGCCUGAAGACCGGCCCCAAUUUUCCCAAAAGCCACGCUCACUCCAUUGUCGGCAAGAACCUUGACAGUUUGAGUCGGCACUGCUCGAGCGCAGAUGCGCGCAUCGCUGCCCCGGCCCAACUGGUGGUCAGGCAAUAUGUGAAUAAUGGAUUGCCCUUCGUACGGCGAGCUAUCGCAGAGUUCAUGUUGGAACAGAUGGAGGCGCGAGUGGUGUCCGGCAUUCCUGCCAACUUGACCCACAUCUGGAACUGCAUCCAGAUCCUGAUGCACAUCUUGCGCUCACUUAACAUGUGCGAGCGUGAGAAGUGCGCAGGCGUGUUAGUCAAGCUGCUGCUCCAACGUCGCAUUCCACAGCAGAAAGUGUUCGAGAUGCUCAAGCUGCUAUGGAUGGUCGAUGGCAAUCCCCGGCAAACAUACGCGGAUGCAUUGUUUCAUCUGCGGGAAAUCAAAUCUCAGAAUUUGCUGGGCACAUCAGAAGACGUGCAGAAUCACCUGUCUGCAUGGCUCUGGACGUGCAGCUGCAACAUCUCAAACAUCGCAAGCUUCGUUGAACCGCUGAGCGCAUGGAACUCCUCGGAUCCCCAGCUCGUUCCUCCUGUGCCCCUUUGCCGACCUGGUGCCGGCGACUCUGGUAAUUGGCCCUUGCUUACGUCCACAAAGAAGAUCUUCGAGAAGAGCAGCUUCGAGGCGGCAGCGCCGCCCCCGAUGCCGGGCUCGGAGGCCUUCCUGGAUGCGGAGGAGAACCCGGAGGAUACAGAGGGACUAGGUGGAGGUGCCUGGGGAGAGGAGGAGACGGCCCUGGACUUGGGUGCAGAUAUGGGUGGUGGCGACUGGGGAGGAGACCUGGACCUCGGUGAUCUGGGCGGCCUGCUCCCCGCGUCCGCUGAGCCACAGGAGGAGGAGCGAGGUUUGAACCUCACCCUGGCGGAUAGCUGCCAGGUCAAGUGGCUCAGGAAACGCAGACUUCCUGCGGAUCUCGUGGCGGCCGGUGACUUCGAGGAGGCGCUCGGCCUGCUGAAGCGGCGGCUGGGCUUGAUGAACGCAGAGCCUUUGGAGCCUAUUUUCAAGCAGGCUUACUGGGCUACAUGCACCUCGUUGCCCAGUCUGCCGCAAAUGGUGUCGAUCCACUGGCCUCUGCUGUCAGAGGGUAGCAUGAAGUCCAGGGAGAUUGCUCCCAUGGUGCUCUUCACCCCACAGGUGAUCCUGGAAAGAGUCAAGGAGGCUCACAAGAUGACUUCCGCAGGAAAGUUUAACGACGCCCUUGCAGCCUUCCGAAGUGCUCUCCAGUCCAUCCCGAUCUCCGUGGCCAACGAUGCCAACGAAGAGCGGCAGCUCACAGACAUGAUUGAGAUGUGCAGAGAGUAUGUGACCUUCGCGAGACUACAGGUGACUAGCAAGAAGCUGACUCCAGACAAGGCUGCGAGAGCCAUCGAGCUCAACGCCUACCUCACUUGCUGCAAGCUACAGCAGUUCCACCAGUUCUUGACGCUAAAGACAGCCAUGGGCAUCGCAUUCAAGAACGAGAACUACGUGACUGCAGCGUCCUUUGCAAAGAGGAUGAUCCAGGGUAAUUUUGGCCCUGCCGACAAGCACAAAGACGACGUGCAGAAAGCCAGACAAGUGCUCCAAAUCUGUGAGCAGAAGGCCGGGGCGCAACUGAGCCCGAGGUGCCUCCUCCACAGGUGUCCACAGCAACCGAGGACUGACAUGGCAGAGCCGGCGGCAAAGAAGGCCAAGGUUGAGAAGAAGAAGACCUUCGAGCAGCAGCGCAAGGAAGUCGCGGAGGAAAAGGGCCGAGAGGAGCUGCUGGAUGGUCUCUUUGAAGCCUGGGACUACGAUGGCUCCGGCACCUUGACGCUGGAGGAGAUACUGCCUUUCUACAUGAAGAGCUCCCAGAAGCACGAUGUUCUGGAGCCGCAGGUCCGAUCAGGCUUCGAGAAAUUCUGUUCAUCGCAAGGCAUCGAUCCUUCGAAAGGCUUAGACAAAUCGGUCUUCAGGAAAUGGCUGAGCAAGCUGUCCGAGGAGCAGCUCGCAGCGCAUUAUGUGCGACAUGUGCAGGGGUGGACAGAUGAUCCCUACAAGAUGAACAUGAACCUGGCGGUGAUCAAGGAUUUCAGAGGCAAGAGCAUCAAGGAGAUCCUUGAUUCUCCGGUGCAUGCCAUUCGAGGCCUCUCCGGUGAGAAUGGCGAGGCUACCCUGGAGAAGUUGGGCAUCAAAACAGUCCGCGAGCUGGCAGGAUGGCGAGUCUUCUUGCUGGCCCGGGCCAUCGUGACAAUGGCGCCAACAGAAAACACCGACGAGGACGACAAAGACGCGAGCGGCCCUUCUGCCAAGAUGAAUAUCCGCAACAUGCUGGAUGCAGAGUACGAGACGGCACCGCUGAAGCAGGUGCUUGACCUGCCUGUGUCGGCACUGAGCAUCCUGCCACCAGAAGGCGUGGAAGUGCUGGCGAGCAUCAAUAUCCGCACCAUCAAGCACUUAGGUACUCGGAAAUACUUUCACUGGGCAAAUGCGAUGCUCGAGCUUGAGCAGUACGAAGCCUGA